CUCGACUGGGGAACCAAAACAAAUCGAAUUGUCUCUUGCUCUCAAGAUAAAAAUGCAUUCGUUUGGACAUUCGAUAAAAAUGUUUGGAAACCUGAAUUGGUUUUGGUUCGUUUUAAUCGUGCUGCCACUUACGUAAAAUGGUCGCCAUCGGAGAACAAAUUUGCUGUCGGAAGCGGGGCUAAGCUGGUCUCCGUUUGUUACUACGAACAAGAAAAUCAUUGGUGGGUCUCAAAGCAAAUAAAAAAACCUAUCCGAUCUACUGUCACUUGUCUCGAUUGGCAUCCGAACAAUGUUCUUUUGGCUGUUGGUUCCUGCGAUUUCAAAUGCCGCGUGUUUUCUGCUUAUGUGAAGGAAGUUGAUGAGAAACCGUCGCCAAACCCAUGGGGACAAAAAAUGCCAUUUGGUCAAUUGAUGAGCGAAUAUUCAGUUGGAGGAUGGGUUCAUCGUGUUGCUUUCUCCCCGUCCGGAUGUCGUUUGGCUUUUGUUUCUCACGAUUCUUCUGUUUCAUUUGUCGAUUCUACAGUUGAUAGCCAAAAAGUUCAAAACUUGCGAACCAUUCAUCUUCCGUUUACUACCGUUGAAUGGAUCACUGAAAACAGUGUUGUCACAGCAGGUCACGACUGCUCGCCGGUUCUAUUCGUCGUCUCCCAAGAUGUUCUUAAGGAAGUUUGUAAACUAGAUGUUCCCUCAGCUGCAAAAUCAUCAAGUGUGAACAGUGCUCUUCAGCUUUUCAAAAAUAUUGAUAGAAACAACGCUGCUGAAAAAGUGAACGUCGCACUGAAGACUCUUCAUCAAAAUCGUAUAACUUUCAGUCAAAUUCUCCCCCAUUCGGGAACUGUCGGAAACGUGGUCAAGUUCACAACAUGUGGAACCGACGGAAUCGUUGCUUUGUGGGAUUUGAAAAAUCACCCGUCAUUGGUCUAA